AAACAGUUUUAUUGUUUGUGUGUGACAAGUUGUGCGAGUAUCUUGCAUCUCGCAGAUACUGUGGAAAAAUAUCUGCUACACCAAGCCGAGGCAAAGCGCACCUCGGUCGUUGUUUUUCUUUUCGUUUUCAUGCAUUUUAUAACUUUAUAAAUUUAACCAGUAUCGUAAUAAAAUUUUAGUGAAACGUGAAAACAGUUUAUUAAUAGCAAAGUUCAAUAUGUUCAAGAUUAAUACGAAAACGGAUGCCAUCGCCAUACAGCGUCAAGCAAAGGCCACACCGCUCGUCGAUGACUAUGAGAUCUCCAACAAGGUGCUUGGUCUGGGCAUUAAUGGCAAAGUGGUGCAGUGUACCGAUCGCAAAACUAAACAAAAGUAUGCACUAAAAGUCCUGCUCGACAAUCCAAAAGCAAGGCGAGAAGUAGAUCUGCACUGGCGUGCGAGCGGUUGUCGGCACAUCGUCAAUAUCAUCGAUGUCUACGAAAACACAUAUGGCGGCAAUAAAUGUCUGCUCGUCGUGAUGGAGUGCAUGGAAGGUGGUGAACUGUUCCAACGCAUACAAGACAAUGCCGAUGGCAAUUUCUCAGAGCGAGAGGCUGCACAGGUCAUGCAUGAAAUCUGCAUUGCCGUACAUUACCUGCAUAGCCGGGAUAUUGCACAUCGUGACUUAAAGCCCGAGAAUCUGUUGUACACCAGCAAUGAUAAGAAUGCGAUAUUGAAAUUGACAGAUUUCGGUUUCGCGAAGGAGACUCUCGUGAAGGACACAUUGCAGACGCCUUGCUAUACGCCAUAUUAUGUUGCCCCCGAAGUGCUCGGCCCUGAGAAGUACGACAAAAGCUGUGACAUCUGGUCGCUGGGCGUCAUCAUGUACAUACUGCUCUGUGGCUUUCCACCAUUCUACAGUAACAACGGCCUCGCCAUCUCACCAGGCAUGAAGAAGCGCAUACGCACCGGUCAAUAUGACUUCCCCAACCCCGAAUGGGCCAAUGUCAGCCAAGCUGCUAAGGAUUUAAUUAAAGGCAUGCUAAAUGUAGAUCCCACCAAGCGUUUGACAAUCGAUCAAGUAAUCAGAAAUAAAUGGAUUGCACAGUAUACACAAGUGCCACAAACACCGCUUUGUACGGGUCGCAUGUUGAAGGAAGGCGAAGAAACAUGGCCGGAGGUACAAGAGGAAAUGACGCGUUCGUUGGCCACUAUGCGCGUCGACUAUGAUCAGGUGAGCGAAAAAAUGCACGUCAAAGCGCUAGACAAAUCCAAUAAUCCAUUGCUGACAAAACGACGAAAAAAAUUCGAAGAGGACUUGGCGGCACAAAAUAAAAAUACAUAAGGUUUCUGGCCUACAGACGCGUUCGUACGGAGUGAUGCAGCGAAAUAAACUACUUACAAACACAUUACAUACUAAGUGGAUGCGAAAUCAUAGAUGUUAUAUAAGUGGACUUGAUUGAGGUGCGUGCUAAGCUUACGCAUUCCAGCGACCCAUUGCACAUCGGAGAGUUUGGACAAGUGAAGCGUACAAGUUGACGCAAUUUUGACGGUAUUUUGUGUCAUUUUUACAUGGAUGCAAUGCCUAGUAUUUACAAAUAAGUGAAUACAUAUACAUAAAGUACAUACAUACAUAUAUAAAAAUAUAUGCAAUAAUACGAAAGUGCUCUUUUUUCCUUUACUAUGUAAAAGCUUAAUUUAGUAGACUAGAAGACGCGCGUUGGCGGUAUAUGCAACAACCGCUAAUUAAUAAAUAACUGUAUGUACGUGCAUACAUAAAAUUCAGUACAAUGCAAACACACAAGCACGCAAGCAUAUACAUACGUAUGUAUCAUAUUAUAGGCAAAAAAGAAACUGCUUCAAGAGAUGGCAGAUAAUUUUUUCAAUGAAAAAUCGUAAAAUAUACUUAUUAUGUACUCGUAUAUGACAUACAUACUACAGAGAUUUAUACACAUAUAUGUGUGUAGGUGCGAAAAAAAGUUUCGCAGCUGUUGGCGCAUUUUUUUUCUUAAGAGCUUUUAUACGCAUACAUAUAUAAAAUCAUAUAAAAAUAUGUACCAUGCCAACUUGGCAGCAAAUUAUGCCUCAUAUGUAGUUACAAUGUGCCCACAUGCCAACCCAUGUAUAUUUAUGUAUGUAUGUACAUUUCUUACACGACUACAUAUGGCACGUUUGCUGGAAGAACGCCUUAUUUCCACUAAAAACAAUAUCAAGAAAUUCGACUAUAAAAUUUUCAGUUCACUGUUCCGCACUAAGUGAAAAUUAAGACAGAUUUCGCCCUAACGAGAAACUGUUAAUGAAUUUUUCACACAUAUAUACUUAUCUCAAAAGUAUUUUUAUUUAUUAUUUUUUUUUUUUGUUAUGGCUCGCUUUUAGCAAUGAGGUUUGACUAUCUUCCAGCAAAUAAACAAUAUGUACAGUGCAAUAUAUAAGUAUAUGUACGUAGGUUAGCAGUUAAGUGUCUGUACCUCAGUAACUAACUAAAUUUGUAUUGUUGAUUAAAAAUUCUGUUAUUUCAAUGAAGACGUAUGCAAUUAUUAAUUACUUACAUACCAACAUAAAUAUUUAAACUUUUAUGUUUUAUGGUGAAAAAGUAUUGUACGGAUAUAUGUAUUACAAAUUUACUUGUGUGAAAAUUGUGGAAUGAGAAUAUUUUUAUUGUAUGUAUUGAAAAACAUUAAUAAAAUAUUGACUUAAUUUUUCUAAAA